CUGUAGGAGGACGCGCAUGCCGCAACCCUGUCCCUACCCCUAACCCAGAGCAAUAACAUUGUGAAUGUGUGAUGUGAAAGGAAUCCCAGGAAAUAAUUUCUGUAUCAUCGACCCAUUGCUACUGCUAUGUACAUGUGUCCGAGGGUGCUGCACGGCUUCAACAACAACAACAGGCACAAUAGGGCACUUUCUUCCGCAGCAGCAUUUCCCUUUUCCACUUUGGCGGGGUGCCGCACCUUCGGGGCAGACUCGUAGCCGUCGGCGCUAUGGUGCCACGCCUCCCACCCAGAGAAAGAGCCCUUCCACGCGGAGUUAUAGCCUGUCCGUGUGGAGUUACAACCCUUCCCCAUAGCCCUUCCCCAUGGAGUUAUCACACUGCGUGUUCUUCAGUAGCUUAAGAGAUGAUGGAACUCGUCUCCUAUUCCUACACAUGCAUUACCUUUCUACUAGCAUGGAAUAGCCCGCUCUCUCUCUCUCUCUCUCUUCUCCUCUCUCUGUCUCCCUCUCUUCUCCUGUAUCCCCUGGGUGGAUACGCGUGGGCAGUUCGCGUAGUCAUGGGAGUGGGUUUGGUACAAUGGUGGCUAGAAUGGUGGCAAACGAACUGCAAGUGCCCAAAUGCAGGCUGUCCCUCAAGCGGAAGUCGGGAGAGCGCAACGCGAGUGCUCAAAUGCGGCUGUCCCUCAAGCGAUUGCGGAAGUCAGGAGAGCGCAACGCAAGUGCCCAAAUGCAGGCUGUCCCUCAAGCGAUCGGCUUUGGUAAUGUGCGUGGUAAUCUGUGUGGCUUCUGAUUCUCACCUAUAGUGGGGCGGACCGUUCGUUCCAUGUAGAUGUAGAUGCACGGCGUGGAGGUGAGGUCCCCUAUGAGCGAAAGAGAGGGAGAGAGAGAGUGAGAGUGAGAGUGAGGAGUGGGUAGGGAAUCGGAGGCGAGAAUGCAGCCUGAGCUCUCUCUCUCUCUCUUCUCCUUUAUCCCCUGGGUGGAUACGCCAUUUGCGCCAAUCCGGGGGCUGCUGACAUUGGUUGGAUAUGUCAUAUGCACCAAACCAUCUGGGCAGGGUAUAGUCCGCUCUUUCUCUAUCUCUCUCUCUCUUCUCCUUUAUCCCCCGGAUGCAUGCGCCAUAUGCGCGAA